AUGAAGGCGUGAGGUUCGCCCUUCCUGAUAGUUCACACGGUUCACAUACUAAACACGCAAUACUUUUUCUAAACAGGUUUAAUAUUAACAGUCAGGUUAACACUUGCGCAGUUUAUCAUGGCGGAGAACACUUUCGGAAUAACAACGGCGGUUGUUACGCUGUUUUGGGUAUUUGUUGGUGGAGUUGUCCCGUGGCUUAUUCCCAAAGGGCCGAACAAAGGUGUCAUCGUAACUAUGCUUGUGAUGACAUCGAUUUGCUGCUACCUGUUCUGGUUAAUAGCCAUCUUGGCCCAGCUGAACCCCUUAUUUGGACCGGCACUGAGCAACGACACGAUCUGGUACCUAAAACACCACUGGCCGUAGGGGACGGCGCAUUACACCGUAAGGACAAAGCUACCUCGCAAGGAUGGGAAGCACCACCGAUAUGCAACAAAGACAUGCACUUUUUUGAGAACGUGGUUUUUAAAGAGAACUGAUUAUAAGACUUGUCCUAAAAAAAGUAUUGUAGGCUUUACCUUGCCUGUAACGUCCUGUUUUUCCAGAAUCGUAAGUUACAUGAACAGCAAGCGCUCAAGCAACACAAAGCCUCUUUUAUCUUGUUAAGUUUUGUUUCCUUCUUUGAGGUAAUAGAUGCUGUUAUUUACUAAAAUGUUUGGCUUGGAGCCCAGGACCUUGGGAAGAGGAUCCCAGACUGCUGAUGAUUAACCUUUCCUCUGAUGGAAUCCUUUGCAUGUUCAUCCUCCAACAAUGAGAACUACUGAGAUUUACAUUAGGUUUGAAUUUGUGUUUAAAUAAUAUUUUAUUCUCUGGUCUUGUUUAUAGUGAAGUGAAAGUGAUGAAAUGACCAAGGUAUGAUAAUGAUAACCCAUACUUGGAAUGUGACCUCUGCAUUUAACCCAUGCAGUGAGUAGUGAACACACGCACACCCGGACCGGUAUAGGAAAUACCACAAGGAUUGUGCCAUGCAAGCAUUGAAUGCUAUUUAAAGAAAUGUAUCCUGUAACAAUUUGUAAGAUGGCAUCUGAAGGUCUUUUAUCACACUUUUGUGCCAUGUUAAAGCCUGUACUUAGCACUGUUUUUUAUUUUUAUAAUAUUUUAAUGUAUUGAAUGCAAAUGUGUGUAUAUAUGUAAUGUAAAAGAACUAAAACCUGUGAAAUUGA